ACAAACUCCAUGAGCUUCUCCGGCGGUGGCAUGUUGGGCGGUUCCCCUUCCCCGGUGCCCUCUCACACUCCCCUUUUCCUCUUGAGGGAAGGAAUCUCCCUCGUCCUCUCGCGUUGGGAGGCGCUUCAGGUGGCAAUCAGAAACCAGUGGGGCGGCGGAGACUCCCACCAGAAGCACGACGAGCUCGUCUCCUUCAUCCUCACCUUCUUCUCGCGACCUGAUGUUUGUGUCGAUGAUUUGGAACAUGCACUCGAGGAGAAAAUGGUUUUAUCUUUCAACACGAUGGUCGAUGAUGGAAGUGUCGAGGAGGUUGCUGAGCAAUUGAUGAUUAUGUAUGAAGAAUGUCUUCACGGGAACUUUGAAGUAAUUGAAAAGUUAAAGUCGACACAUGCAUAG